CGUUGUCGCAGGUUUGUUUUUAUCCAUUUGUGCCGGGCGGCAGACUCAGAUCUUCGUUAAAACUGCACGCUUGAAAAUCGACCAAAGUUCUUGUGUGCGUCUGUCUUUCUGUGUGUGUGUGUGUUGCUCUGUUGUGUUUAUGUGUGUGCGCGCGCGCAAUUGUUCUUGUUGUUGGUUUUCGAUAUUUAUUCUCCUACAUACUUCGUGCCGGUCGUGCGCCGCCUGCACGUGAGACUGUAUGUGUGUUGUGCAUUGAGUUUUUGCAGUGUCCGCCGCGUGUGUGUGUGUGGGUCUGCUGCAGCGCAGACAACAAAAGAAAUUUUGCCGGUCCACCUUCGUCGCUUCCUUGCUACUAAGCCCAAUGCCGUUAUUCGCACUGCCAAAAUAACAAAUCGAAUUUUUCUUCACAUACCAAGUUGAAAAUUUUUACAACUCAACUCUCGCAACUGUUUUGUAGCAGAAAAACCAGACCAAAAAUUACAGCACAAUGGCCUUGAUAAGACUGGCAAGACAAUUGGGCCUGAUUGAUACGCUUUAUGUGGAAGGCGCUCGACCCGCAGACGCGGCCAACGAUUUGGAUGAAGUAGAGAUUAGCAUCAGCGGUGCCAACGAAGCCACAGCCACUGGACAACCACCGCUGAAGACAAAGAAAUCGCGCAAAUCCAAACAAUUGGCUAUGCAGCCAUUUAGCUAUGUGAUCGCUGUUGAUUUCGAGGCCACAUGCUGGGAGAAACAGGCGCCGCCACAAUGGCGAGAAGCAGAGAUUAUUGAAUUCCCAGCUGUGCUUGUUAAUCUGAAAACGGGCAAAAUCGAAGCCGAGUUUCACAAAUACAUAAUGCCAUUUGAGUCACCACGCUUGAGCACCUAUUGCACCGAGCUGACUGGCAUAGAUCAGAAGACUGUGGACUCGGGAGUGCCAUUACAGACAGCACUAAUGAUGUUCCACGAGUGGUUGCGCAAGGAGUUGCGUGCACGGAAUUUGCUGCUACCCAAAAUGGCCAAAUCGAAUAUAUUGGGCAAUUGUGCGUUUGUCACCUGGACAGACUGGGACUUUGGCAUCUGUUUGCACAAGGAGUGCUCAAGGAAACGUAUGCGCAAAGCGCCAUAUUUCAAUCAGUGGAUCGAUGUGCGUGCCAUUUACCGUGAGUGGUAUAAAUAUCGUCCCUGCAACUUUACGGAUGCUCUCUCCCAUGUGGGUCUGGCAUUUGAGGGACGCGCGCAUUCGGGCAUCGAUGAUGCCAAGAAUCUGGGCGCACUAAUGUGCAAAAUGGUGCGAGAUGGUGCACUCUUCUCCAUCACAAAGGAUCUGACGCCAUAUCAGCAACUGAAUCCCAAUUGUGUGUUGUGAGCCCCAGCAGCCGCAUAAGAAGAACUCCCUCCAAAAAAACAAAAACAACAAGAAAAAAAAAACAAUAUAUCGUAACUACAAACAGAAAAGAAAGCACCCAAUUACUGAGAAGUCUCUCGCUUGGAUGUGUGGAGCAAAAUGUAGAUGAGUUCUUCAUUGAUUUUUUGUUUGUUCUAUUUUUUUUUUUUCUGUAACGGAAAUUGAUAAGACUUGAAAAUUUGACGAAUUGUUUCAAAAUAAUGCAGAUAUAUAUCAACAGCAUGAAUAUACACAAUACACACACAUAAAUCCAUACUACAUACUACAAACUACAUACAACAAACAAUAUAUAUAAGAUAUGGCCUUAGAGCAUAUUUUUAUACUAUUCAUAUUUAAUAAAUGCAUAGUUUAUAGUCUAUACUGCGUAUAUGGAAAUGUCAUACUUAUGUUUACGACUUACACGGCCUACCAUUUUAGCCUUUAAGCGCAUCUAAUUAAUAAAACGACAAUAGAUAUAUAUAAAUAUAUAUAUAUAUAUACUCAAAACAUCAUUCAAAUCAAACAACUU